AAAACAUCCGUGCGCGCAACGGAACGGUACAUUCGAUGGUGUGUGAUCGUUAGUAUCAUUUUAUCGGUUUCAUAUAUCACAGAAGUGUCCAUAUUUGAAACGAAAUAAAAAUCGCCCUAGAAUAUAUUAAUAGUUUAAUUCACGCGGUGUCGCAACGUCUUCCCACUGGCCAGGGGCUGAACCGACUUCACCGGGGGAAUGUUGACGAUGUAACAACAGGCAUGAGAACGAGCAGGCGCUCGCAUCUUUCUUGACUGUGAGUUUGUUUUAGCUUCAAUCUCAGACAAAUUAUUCAUCCUUUAUUCGUCAUUAAUGAGUUGUAGAGGAGCCAGUGAUGAUGACAGCUGCAGUAAACGGAGAGUCGCUUAUGUUUACAGCCAAGCGUACAUCGAGACUUGUGACACUUUAUCCAAGGUGCCAAACCGGGCGAGUAUGGUCCACUCACUGAUAGAAGCCUAUGGGCUGCUUGAACAUAUGAGCAUUGUGAAGCCUCGUGUGGCUACCAUAGAGGAAAUGGCCAAGUUCCACACAGAUUCCUACCUGGACCAUCUUCAUAAAAUCAGCCAGGAUGGUGACAACGAUGACCCCCAGUCAGUCGACUAUGGCUUGGGUUAUGACUGUCCAGUGGUGGAGGGCAUAUUUGACUAUGCAGCAGCGGUAGGUGGCGCUACACUGACAGCAGCUCAGUGUCUCCUGAACCAGAAGUGUGAAGUGGCCAUCAACUGGGCAGGAGGCUGGCACCAUGCUAAGAAGGACGAGGCAUCAGGUUUCUGUUAUGUGAACGAUGCUGUGUUGGGAAUCCUCAAACUUAGGGAGAAGUAUGAGAGAGUCCUUUAUGUGGAUGUAGACCUGCAUCACGGGGAUGGUGUGGAAGAUGCCUUUAGCUUUACAUCCAAAGUCAUGACCGUGUCUUUGCACAAGUUCUCUCCUGGAUUCUUCCCAGGUACGGGCGACCUGUGUGACACUGGGCUGGGUAAAGGCCGUUGGUACGCCGUGAAUGUCCCGCUGGAGGAUGGAAUCAAGGAUGACCGAUACUACCAGCUUUUUACCAGCGUGAUGCAGGAAGUACGGGCACAGUUCAACCCGGAGGCUGUGGUGAUGCAGCUGGGUGCCGACACCAUGGCGGGGGACCCCAUGUGCUCCUUUAACAUGACCCCAGUUGGGGUCGGCAAGUGUCUGCAGUAUGUCCUGCAGUGGCAGCUACCUACACUGCUGCUGGGAGGAGGAGGUUAUAACCUGGCUAAUACGGCUCGUUGUUGGACCUACUUGACGGCAGCAGUGCUGGGAAAGACUCUUUCCUCUGAGAUACCAGACCACGAGUUUUUUACAGAAUAUGGACCAGACUACUCGCUGGAAAUCAGCCCGAGCUGUCGACCAGACCGCAAUGACACCAAACACCUGGACCAGGUCAUCAGCACCAUCAAAGGGAACUUAAAGAACGUGGUUUAGAAGCCAGCAGCCUGAGCCUCCUCCACACACACACACACGCACACACACACAGUGUUUCCAAACCAGAUCCAUCCUCAGCAGCUUUAAUGAAGACAAUAUGAAGCAGACCCCUUUGGCCUGGAGGCACAGAGUGAAGGAGGGAGGGAUGAAGGCAGGAAAGAGAGCGAGAGAAGGUUUUGGAAAACAUUAGUUGAGUGUUUCCAGGGGAAAACAAUUUAAUCGGGGGGAUGAUGUGGUCUCUGUACAAUGUUCACUCAUUUUAAUCUUUUGUUGUUGUUUUUUUUAACGUAUGUGUGUUUGUGUGAACUAGAGAGUUUAUGGUAUGUUCAUUGUGGUUAUGUAAAAGUAAAUUACAGCAGGAUUUUAUAGUCGGUGUACCCCAAGUUUCUUGGCAUUAAAGGAUGCAUUCAUGUGCGUUCUAUCAGUCACACAUUGUAAACUAAAUGGAAAAACAGAUUUGUUAGGUGUUGGGUUUCACAUUCACCCUGGUGCUGCUGCUGCAAUUCUAGCCCGCUGAGGGCUGAUAAGCACUGUAACAGACAAAAAGUGAAACAGCCACAUUCCCCAAAUGCCCCAUUAUGCUUUAAAAAAAGACCUUGUGUUCCUGAACAGGUUUUGAAAGUCCUGAAAAGUAUGUGAAAUAUACACAGACACUUAGAGAACUUAGAAAGAAACAGUCUGGGAAAAAUUGGAAAAUAGCUGGUUACGGACGUUAGAGAUUGAUUUGCUCAGCCACAUUGUUUUGACCCCUGGGCAAAAUCUGCAAAUUAAACAUCUGGACAGAGUUUGGAAUUUUAAAUGGAAAAUAUUCAGGGAAAGCUAAGAAGAUUUUUCCAUAUACAGACAAUAGCAAUGAUUUCAUAAACCUUAAGGAGGUUUUCUGUAGAGGUUUUAGUAGCUAAUUUUAAUAUUGGUUUUCCAAAUUUAAUCUGUUUUGCUAAGGUAGAGUUCAGACUAUGUUUCUUUUCUGAAAUACCAAAUGGUUUUUCUUAAAAAAACAAAACAAACUGGAGGUAUUAAAACUUGUUUUUCACACUGGCAAUAAAACACUUAAAUAUUACUCAGCCUUUUGUCUAAAUAGUUUCACCCGGAACAUCGACCAGAUUCUUAGGUACAUGUGGAGGAAAUGGACCUGCAAUGUGGAAGGCAAUCUGUAGAAUUAACAGUUAUUUUAUUAAAAUUAAACACGAUCUUUAAUGUAGUUGCUUUAAAAGCGGUUGUCAUAAUGGUUACACAUGGAUAUUGUGAAAAUAAAUGUACAGAGGAUGAAAACAUUUUAAAAGCCACAUAUCAGACUUUCUAGGAACAACACUGCGUUUCAAGAUUCCUCCACACCCCUGAAGAAGGAUGCAAAGUCAUCAUCUGGUUAUUUCUAUGUCGUAGAUGGUUGGAAAGCUUCUAUACUUUUCAAGUGUUAUAUUUUAGGAUUCAUCUGUUGAUAUUUUUCUUUUCACUUUUUUAAAAGUAGACAAACUAAAGGGAACUCUUGCCUUAUCUUGUCAUUAUUAACAAGCUGCUGACUGUAAAAUAACACAUUUUAAGUUUAGAUACUUCCACCAUGUUUAAUUCUCAAUGUAUGUGUGGCACUUUUCACAAAACCCAACUUAUCAUUUGACAAAAAGCUUCAAAUCCAAUCUAGAUAAACAUGAAAACCUGUGUAAGAAUAUUUGAACAUUAAGUUCAUCGAUCACUUAUUUUGAGAACUGAUAUUGUCAUAGAAUGACUUUUUUAAACUGUUGAUGUGUUUUGAUGUUUACCACUGGCGUUUGCUGAAAUAAAAGACAGGAGAGCGUGUUAUUGUGUGCCUCUGCUGCAGUGGCCUGGUUAAUGGAGAGUACUAUUUGAAAAGAGGACCCUCAAAUGUUUCCCCUCAGAAAUGAUGUUCCCCAAAUAAAUGAUCUGGAAAUUCAACCAAAUGUAGGAGUCACUGGUCACAGCUGGCAUGUGCUGAACAGAAGUGAGCUCAUGUGUGUGUUUGUGUGAUACAGGAUUCCCCUGUGAUCCUUAUGAACACUGUUGCAGUCACCUCAGUGGUUUGAGCCCAACGUAGCCAAAGCAAAUGAAACUCAUUACACUGUUUACGAGUUUGGAAAAGGAGAGACCAUUGAAAUUCUAUCUCAUAGGUUGAGGUUGGGGGUUUACACGGUGCCAGGCAGGCCCUGGGCAGAUUCAGGGCACCGCGGGAAUUUCUGGUUGUCACAAAAAAAAAAGCAAAAGGUGGGGUUAUUUUUAAGAGGAAACUGAGUCCUUUUGGUUGUUUCUGGUGUGAAAUGUGGUCAAGCAAAACUGGAAAAAGCAUUUAAAGCGAUGGAGCUCUUGACUUCAUGUCUUCAUUGUUGUAUUUACAGCACUGGAGCCACAACAUUGGAUUUCAGCCCAGUAUCCUUUGGAAGUACAUCUGCUUUUGACCUUUCUCCACCUCAUGAUUUAUAUCCAGUGCUAAUGCUAGAAGAAGACAUAGAGGAUCUGGACUUUGAGGUGAAUGGGAGUGUAGCAAGUCUAACAGAACAGAAUAUUAGACAAUACAAGACAACGUUUAGAGUAUUUUCUACCUUCCCAGCCAGACUGUGAAGGCCCCACUAUGCUUUACACUUCUUUACACUACUCUUCCUGUGUGGGUCCAAAUUAAACUAGCAGGUGAAUAUACUGUAAUUUUAAAUGUCACUAUUACAAACUUAGAACACAAGCCUUUUAAUUUAUGAGCUGAAACAGGCCAUUUCACAUUCAAAAGAUCGAAUCUAGUCUAUUAAAUGAAUGUAGGACAAAUGAUCAGUUUCCUUGUUUUUCUGUUUGGUCAGAAGUUACACAAAGGUAGGUCAAGGACAACCUAUAAUGAAAUGACUUCAAGGAACAACAGGCCCGUGUCAAUUUACAGUGUGUGUUAAAUAACCUUUGUGCACUUGCAGCCCUCUCAGAGCACGGAAAUUACAGUAAAUGAGCUUGGGCUUUUCUUUGCUAUAAUUCAUUUGUAAUUUGUCUUUGGGAGACAUUUUCUUCCUCUAGACACAUGAAGAUUUAUUUUUUCCAGUAGGAAAGAGGGAGCUAGUGUUGGAAUCUGUGGAGCACAGCUUUGGAUUUAGUUUGGCUUAAAUAGAAGGUGAUGAGUUACUAAGCACAGUUGUAGUUGAGGCUGAGACAGACCAGACUGUAGCUAAACAGGUGGUUUUCAUUGUGAUCCACAGGUUAUUAUUUACUACAUUUCCCGUUCCGGUUUGGCUUGAACACACCUUUAUUGCUCUUUCCCAACGAUUUAUGCAAAUCAGCACCAGGCCCCUCCGCAACUUAGCUUUGAAUAACAUCUCAUUUGGCCCUCACUGCUGAUUAAUUUGAUAACCCGAAGCCCCGUCCUCCUUCUUCCUCUGUUGUUCUGUGGCUCCAGCUGCUCUAAACAUUUGCCUAAGUCUUUCAAAGCCUGCCUCAGCUUUGGGAAUUUUCCAAAACAAGAAAAAAAAAGUUUUCAUAGGUUUGGAAUACUGGGAAGCACUUUUUCAACCAAAUCCACCAACCUUGGGACAAAAGUCCACUUCUGGCAGUUUGACCAACAUGUUAUAAUUAAUUGUCCUCAGAGAUGGAAAUCACAAACGGUUUGUUUGAUUUGCAUAACGUCUCCCCCAGGGGAACAAAAUGACAGGGGCCUGCAUCUAUACAUCAACAUGUGAAGUGUCUGUGGUCAAUGGUGGAGGGGAUUUACUCACACAAUAAAGACAGAUGCCGCUUUUUAUCUGCUUAACGGAAGAGAGGCCGAGCACGUGGCACUUGACCGCGUUGAGGCAUGUUGUUGGCGCGUAGUGACGUCCCCCCUACCACAGAUCACUGAGAUGAAUGGGGAAUGGGGAAUAGACUUGUUCUUUUUGAGCAGGAGAUGGAGGAGGGACAGCAGGGCUUUUUCCUUGGAUGAAUUGGUGGAGGUUCCCCACAACACUUUCAGUGAUUUUUCUUUUCCCAAACAGUCACUGUUUGUCCCUUAUGAACAAAACAGGCUAAAUGGGCCCAGAGGAGAAGAGAAUCUGGUUUUCAUUGGGCCUGGUGUGGGGUUUAAGCCACUGCAGGUGACAGACAACAGACUUUUAAACAUUUUAACAGUCCAGCAGACCUAUCCUGUGAUUGUAGACCAUCAGUGAUCACCUCUGACUUCAAAAAAACACUUUAAAAUUUGCUUUGUCUUCCAGUAACCCUGGAACAUAUGGUAGGAUAGUGUAAAUUCAUUUGUUGCAGCAGGAAAAACGGAGAUGCAGGUUGGAAAAUGAGCAUUUUACAGUUUUAAAUGUGGUGAUUUUAUCCUACAUUUUGUUUUAUGACAGACUAAAACCUAACCAAACCAAAGUAUGACCAAUUCCACCAAUUAAAUAUACAAUUAAACUACAAACAGAGACCACUUUCCUAAUGGCAGUAAAAUGUUUAAUGACAUUGACAAUCAAGGACAUUCUGUGAUUCAGCCUUUCCACAGAUGUUGUUUCAUAUUUAAAAGCUGAUAAAUGAGCUGUUGAGAUUCGGCAUGACCUAAGCAGUGCACAAACUGUUGCAUUUCAACAAACUAACAUUAUUUAUGUAGUGAUGCAGAUGAUUCACAGACAUGCCAGGUCUCUGUCCCUCUCUGUGGCCAGUCUGCACUGGUCUGUUUGAUACUUGAUGCUUCAGAAUGAGCAACAUCUACCCUGCAAAGUGGGAGCUUCAAAACUCUGGAGGCUGGAUCUGCACAGAUAUGGAGCCGUGAACGUUUGACAAGCACAGGUGCAAUUAAUGUACUGGAUGAGAGCCAUUGCUAACACACUGUCAUGGCUUCCUGGGAUGCUUUAAUGUGUCAAAGCCAUUGUAAAAGUCAUUAAAGUCUGAAGGACAUUCAUCAUCUUCACAAAAGCUCAUCAAGACAAAUUAAGGUUGGUGAUGCUGUGAUCCAUUCACUAGACAGACUGUUGGUCCUGGGCAAUGCAGCAAAUCCUUGAUUGUGUUUUUAUGCUUUCAGUCGUUAUAAAUGUACAGAACCAUUUUUUAAUCUUUUCACUAUCCAUGCAAGGAUGCCACAAUAUGAUUAUUUACUCCUGACCAUAAGAGCAUGGGAACCACUUUGAACUUUUGUGCUUCUAGUUGCUAAACCUUAAUAAAUAAUGCAGACACACUGAUGAUGUACAAUGCACAUUUUAAAAGUCUGUAGACUGCCUGUGUCUUAACUUGUCAGGAUGCGACAAUAUUCAAUAAACUUUCUAAUGUCUCA